AACAUUCAUGGAGCAGAGUGGGAGAGCACUGGGACGAGGUAUCAAGAGACCUGGAUUCCAGCGACAGCUCUACCACACACUCCUCCAGGGGUUUAAUUCUCAUCUGUAAGAAGGCUCCGAUUUACAGGUGGAUUUUUGAAAAGCUGUGGCUAACAAUUAGAAAUCCCUGAUCACCACAGCCUGUGGCCCCUUGGAAGCGGGUUCGCCUUUCUCAGGACCCAGUCCUCUGUCCCCGGGAGCAUCUCUUCAGCAGGAGCUCUUCCAAAGAACAGCUACUCUGUUUUCUAGAUGCCUUCUUGAGCCUGCUUGUGGCCACCCACAGAUACUUGUAAGGAGGAAAGAAGUCAGCUGGCCAGAGACACUGUGAAAUGAGGGAUUAGAGUCCGGGAUCCAAGAAACAAGAGCAGCAGCCAAGAGACAAGCGAGCGGGCUCCGAAGGGACUUCUGUUGAGAGGUCUGCCAUGGCCUCCCUUGGCGUCCAACUGGUGGGCUACGUCCUAGGCCUUUUGGGGCUUUUAGGCACAUCGAUUGCCAUGCUGCUUCCCAACUGGCGAACGAGUUCUUACGUUGGUGCCAGCAUUGUGACAGCGGUUGGCUUUUCCAAGGGCCUCUGGAUGGAGUGUGCUACACACAGCACAGGCAUCACGCAGUGUGAUAUCUACAGUACACUUCUAGGACUUCCUGCUGACAUCCAGGCUGCCCAGGCCAUGAUGGUGACAUCCAGCGCAAUGUCCUCACUGGCCUGCAUUAUCUCUGUGGUGGGCAUGAGAUGCACAGUGUUCUGCCAGGAUUCUCGAGCUAAGGACAGAGUGGCCGUAGUGGGUGGAGUUUUCUUCAUCCUUGGUGGCAUCCUGGGUUUUAUCCCAGUUGCCUGGAAUCUUCAUGGCAUCCUUCGGGACUUCUACUCACCACUGGUUCCUGACAGCAUGAAAUUUGAGAUUGGAGAGGCCCUUUACUUGGGCAUUAUUUCAGCCCUCUUCUCGCUGGUAGCUGGAGUCAUCCUCUGCUUCUCCUGCUCGCCUCAGGGAAAUCGUACCAACUACUAUGAUGGCUACCAGGCCCAGCCUCUUACCACAAGGAGCUCUCCAAGGCCUGGGCAACAGCCCAAAGCCAAGAAUGAGUUCAACUCCUACAGCCUGACUGGCGUGUCCAGACUGGGCUGUGAAUGAACUGAAGGAAAGACACCUCGUGGCAUCCAGCAGAAAGCAACUGGGGGCAGGAUGGAAGGCAAUCUGGGACCGGCAAAUCGUCAGAAUCACUUCUCAGGGCAUGUCCUCUCGUCCCCAUACCCCUGGGGAGGCAGAGCUGCAGAAAAGCCCAGGAAGAGAACGGAAAAGUGCAGGGCUGCAGCACUCCGACUCCACCGCGGAGUUACCAAGAAGCUGCAGUUAACAACCACUACUGAAGCCUCUGCCUCCCUCUGGGGUGUCUGACCUAGCCUCCUGGCUAAACCACAAGACCUGGAGCUCUAGACAAAGGUUUCCUUGGGAACAACAAACCAGUUUUUCUAGAACUGCCCUUCAACAUGGCGAACUGCAGAGGACUAAGAAAGAUAUUACUCUUUAACCCUGGCCAAGAAAGAAUAAGGACGGUGGUACCCGAGAAGCUAGGUGAACAUGUAUGGUGGCUGUGUGUGCCCCUACUGUUUCAGAGAGGCAGCCCUACCAGAACCUUCAGACUUAAUGGAAAAACAACUCAGAGCCCUACAGUGCCUCCGAAAGACCACAGCACCAGAUAGGUCAUUGGGCACUUUGAAUCCUCUGUCAUGGCCCUUCAGAAGAUAUUUUGACUGGUAUGCAAGGUCUCCAGUGUGGAACAUCGGUUUAUGACCUGAGUGAUAGACGGACUGCUGCCUGGGAUUGUGCUCGAAGUAGGAGAACAGAGAAUGGUUCUCAGCCUAACAGUUUCACUAUCAAGGUCUUAAAAUGCUCCGUUUCCUCUGUGAUGCGUGGGGAUCAGAAACAAGAGACGUUCUUUUCCCCCCACCAGCCUAAUAUCACCAGCUUCAGAAGAUGUCCAGCACACCGUGUCAAAACUUCAGUGCCAGCAAGGGAGGCCUGUACGUGAGGUUUCCUCUAACAUGCCUUUCCUAUUUCCACCAUGCUCAAGCUGGUUUACCGACCUGGAUGCCAUUUCCUCUUCACUAAGUCAUUCCCAUGCUUGGAGAACUUGCUCGUCAUCACCUCCUUCAUCGAGACUUCUCUGACCACUCCUUUCUGCUCUUACCUCUCCCUCUUCCAACUCCCAAUAUAUAAAUCACUUAAUGCUUAUUAGUCAUAAUUUUGAUUGAUAGUUCUCGUGUGUGUGUGUGUGUGUGUGUGUGUGUGUGUGUGUGUGUGUGUGUGUGUGUAUCUGUCUGUCUGUCUGUGUGAUCUCAAAAGUUCACUGUAAGUACUUGGAGGGCAGUUGUCAUAUCUUAGACCUGUCUGUAUAUAUACCCAAGACUGUAACAGUGCUGGGCACACACAAGAUGAUCAAUAAAUGCUUGUUGAUUGA